UUCCCAUUUCUCGUCCCUCAAUAAUCCCACAACCAAGCAAGAUGAGCGACGCAGAAGGAACUGCAGCUGGAAGUCUCCGACAAGUACCCAAACUGAAUGAGAGGAUCCUUUCGUCUAUGUCAAGGAGAUCAGUUGCUGCACAUCCUUGGCAUGAUCUUGAUAUCGGACCCGAUGCUCCAAAAGUUUUCAACUGUGUUGUCGAGAUAUCGAAAGGUAGUAAGGUCAAAUAUGAACUCGACAAGAAGACCGGAAUGAUUCAGGUUGAUCGGGUUCUAUAUUCUUCGGUGGUAUAUCCUCACAACUACGGUUUCAUCCCUCGCACGCUGUGUGAAGACAAUGACCCCAUGGAUUGUUUGGUUAUAAUGCAGGAGCCAGUUCUUCCUGGAUGUUUCUUGCGAGCCAGAGCCCUGGGACUAAUGCCCAUGAUCGACCAGGGGGAGAAAGAUGAUAAGAUCAUUGCAGUUUGUGCUGAUGAUCCUGAGUACAAACAUUAUACGGACAUCAAAGAUCUUCCCCCUCACCGCCUCACCGAGAUCAAACGUUUCUUCGAAGACUACAAGAAGAACGAGAACAAAGAGGUUGCGGUGAACGACAUUUUACCUUCGAGCACUGCAUAUGAAGCCAUCCAGCAUUCAAUGGACCUGUAUUCCGAGUACCUUCUGCAAACUCUGAGGAAUACUUAGG